AUGAAAAGGAAAAUUGAAAGAAGAUUGAGACAUUUGAGGAAAGAUUUCAGUAAACACAUUAAAAAAAACCAGAAGUUCAAAAUUAAUAUCGAUGAUGCAGUGAAGAAAUCAAAGAGUAACAAGCAUAAAAAACGGUUGACGGAAUCUUUUGUUCGAACUUUCAGCAGUAAAAGUCAAAAGAAUUCUUUUGAACAUCUUACAGACAUUUCAUCAUCGAAUCUUGCUUGCAAUGUUACGAAGAAUCGGCUACUUGAUCAUACACAAAAAUUGACUUGA